AUGAUUUGCCUGACCUUCGUGCUAGUGCGUGGCUUCGAUGAAAACAACGGUAGAGUAAUUGUCAAACUCGCUCUUGGCCAAAAACCGAUCAUGCUGGGAGAAAAAUUCGUGCAACUCGUAACGCCUGAAGAGUAUCAAAAAUACAGCAAAAUUCCCGUAGAGACAGAACACGAAAAAAAGCACAACGGCAAAUACGGACUAAUUGCUUCGUCGAAAAAUGACACAAAAAAGGAAGAAGAAAAGGAACGUCGGCGAUCGCGAACGCCUGAGGAACGGUACAAAUCAUCAUCUCGGCACGAAAAAUCCGAAAAAUAUUCGAAAGAAUCAUCAUCGAGGCAUGAAAAGUACAAAUCCGAUAAAUAUUCGGACUCUAGAGACUCGUCAAGAUAUGAGAAAAGUAGCAAAAACGGGUCAAGUCGACAUCGAUAUUCGUCGGAGAGUGAAAGUGAUUCGGACGACAGACACCGAAAAUCAUCAAAAAGUAAGAAAAAGUCGUCGCACAAACAUAAAAGUCACGAUCGGAACCGCGAAAGAUAUUAUUCAUCGGAUGAAGAUCGCAGAGAUCGAAGAAAAUCGAAAAAGGAAAAACGCGGAAGAUCUCGUUCGAGGUCAAGAUAA